CCAAUUAAAGAACCUCUGCACCUGCUCACUAUGCUACAGGUGUCUCCAAUAAGCACAAUGACUGCAAAGCCUGCUGUUUAAGAGCAGACUCUUUUCUCUAAGGAUCACUCACUGUAGCUGACCUAUGCUUUAGAGGGAGAAAUGUUCCUGGGAGGCUGUUUAAGGUUUUGCGGGGUGUCAUGGAUCAGCCUGCUUUUUUACCUUGGAAAUUGUUUUCCUACUGAUCAUGGCAAUAAAACAACUUCCUUGAAUUCUGGAUCUUCAGCAAUUCCAGACUCUAAGUUUGCAUCCUCACCUGUUGGGAAUGAAUCAAACUCCAGCAUUGAAGUUCCUGUUGAGACCACUAACUCCAACUCUACUAAUGCCCCAGAUACUCUAUCACCAAGAGCCUUUUAUGUUGGCUCUCCAUUGCAUGCAGAGGAGAGAUCAGCUGGCUUCUCAAUGCAGCCACUGAUGAACUCAACUCCUAGAGGCUUGUAUCCAUUAUCCAAUCCCUGGUUUGGACCAUUCCAUGAAGCUGUAUAUCCAAGCCCUGAUUCUCAUCCAUAUACUUAUGGUGAUGGCUCUAGGGGAUUUCCUUAUUACAAUUAUGGUGGCAUUCAUGCAGCAUCUCUUCCUUAUGGCUACAACUAUGGCACUGCUGGGUCUCCUCAUUACAGUUAUGCUUAUGGCAUGAAUGGUUUGCCUCUCCAAGCAUAUGACCACAGGAUGUCUACAUCUCCUCCCUAUGGGGUGGGCCCACCACCUGCAUAUGGCUACUUGCCCUGGCAGCCUUCAGGACUUGAUCCUGAAUUGUUUCUCAUUGGAAAUGUUUUAAUGGAAGUUCGUGAAAUGCCACUUGCUCAGGCUGGCCCAUAUGUCAUGGUGCCAGUGGGCAUGACAGAGCCUUCUGUGUACCCUCCAUCUCACCUCAUGCAGUCAAAUGGAGGCUAUCACCGAGCAGGAGAUCUCCUUUCUGACAAUCUGUACUCCAGCAAUGACUAUUCUUUAGAGCCUGAAACUGACACAAUGCAGCAACAAGAUGUUCCAGAAACUGACUUUUAGAAGGCAGAUUGUUUCUUUUUGGGUGGACUUUUUAUCUGGAACUUUUCAGAUGUGGACAGAGAGCUGAAUAAAACUGAUGGGGAAAACUUCAAACUGGCUUGACUCCUAUCUUUAUCAUGCAACAUUGCAGCAACUGUAUGACAAAAAGGGACUUCAUGACGAAACUGACUCAGCUGGUUUGUGCUGACUUUUAUUUAUGAUUAAACAGACUGCUUCAGACACUUCCCUGGAUCUCAGGAAAGACUAGAGUAAAGGAUUAGUCAAACUGACCCAUGAAGGGCUGCUGCUGAACCAAUAGGUAGUAGGUGUUUGCAUUUUUUUGGAAGACCUGGUGGCUUCAUUUUCUGAACUGAGAUUGGAGCACUGAAUGCUGCUUCAUGUUUGUUUUCUGAUUGGGUUGUAGUGAGCUGGAAUAUUUGCUAAGCCAUUCAAUGGAUUAAAGGUUUAUAUUAGAAUUUUAAGGAAAUUACUUUAACUCUGUUUUUAGGUCUGAGUCAAUUACACCUACUCUUUUCUAUGCAUUAGUCAGCACUUGACUGGACUAAUCUGAUUUUUGUAUGGUUAUAAAGAGGAGGGAGGCCAAAA